UCUUCAUUCAUUUCGCGAUUUUACCUCUCGAAUACCAUUAUUUUUUGUGCUUUGCGAAUAAAAGAUUGUAUCUUUGAUUAUUUUCACAUUUAAAUAAAUCAAAAAUAAUAAGUUUUCAGUUUAAAAACUUUGAAAUGGUUUUAUGUGCGAAAGUGUUGUCGGAAACAAGAUUUCCUUGAAAUGGAAAUUACUAAAAUGACGUGAAAAAUACAAUUACAAACAUUUUACAAACGAUAUGUGUUUACUGAUAAAUGUGUAGUUGAAUUCAAUAAUGAUGCAGUCUACGUCGGAAGGAUGUAUGAACAUAGCAGAGUUAGCAAAUCAAUUGAGGAGAGAGAAGAUAUUUAUUAAUUCCGAACGACAGCUGUUGCAAAAUCUCAAUGAAGAGGUUGAGAAGAAGGCAUUGGAGUUGCUGCAGGUAUCUUGGGUGUGCUUGCAGCAGCGCCAGAACCUCACCAACUUGAUCACUUCAAGAUGUGAGGCAGAUUCUAUAGCUGCUUGCCAAAGAGCAAGUUUGCUUGAAAGGACUACUUUUGUGGAUGUUUUCAAAGUCUUGAAGUACAAGGAAGCGACAGCCCUAGGCGAGCUCCUAGGAUGGCUGCGCGACUCGCCGCACCUCGUCGCAUUGUGCCUUCUCUUAGGAGAAGAGCACAUGCCCCCAUCGCUACCCGCGGCGCUUAUAUCCGGGCUCUAUGGAAGCGCGCGCUCCACGUCAGAUAGAACCCGGUUGCUGGGCGUGAUCCGGUCGCUGAUCAAACACCAGCUGGCGCCGUCUAACGAUCCGAAAAAAUUGUUCCGCACGGGCAAAUGCGCACUAUCGUCGCUAUACGGCGUGUUCCGCGACAGUCACACGCCGGCGCGUCAGUUUCUUGCGGCGGCGCUGCAGGGCCCGGUCAUGGCCGUGCUGUUGGAAGACGAGUUCUUCCUGGAUGUUGACCCUGAUAAGGCGAUGGAGAGGUUCUCCCCAUCAGACCGCCUCAAGAAGUUCGGGCAGACCAACAGCGCGGAGUACACGUCCAAAGUGGCCCGCUACCGCAAGUGGACUGUUCAAUCGCUGUACAACCUGACCAGCAAGUUUAUAGCCUCGCUGCGGGAGCACUGGCCCAAUUUCCCGUCUACCAUAGCUUGGAUCGUGCAGCAGACUGUACACCUGCUCAAACAACAUUCCAGAACAAGCGAGCGCGAGCUACACGCCAUCUGCACGGAUCUCGUGCUGCAGCACUUCAUCUGCCCGGCGAUCGUGAACCCGGAGACGCACGGCGUGGUGGACGUGCCCGUGUCCUACAUCGCGCGGUUCAACCUCAUCCAGAUCGCGCAGAUCGUGCAGAUGCUGUGCCUCAUGAGGUACCAGGAGCACUUCAUCUGCCCGGCGAUCGUGAACCCGGAGACGCACGGCGUGGUGGACGUGCCCGUGUCCUACAUCGCGCGGUUCAACCUCAUCCAGAUCGCGCAGAUCGUGCAGAUGCUGUGCCUCAUGAGGUACCAGGAGCACUUCAUCUGCCCGGCGAUCGUGAACCCGGAGACGCACGGCGUGGUGGACGUGCCCGUGUCCUACAUCGCGCGGUUCAACCUCAUCCAGAUCGCGCAGAUCGUGCAGAUGCUGUGCCUCAUGAGCGCUGUGCGCGCGGGCGCUGCUGGACCAGUCGUGGGCGACACGUGCGCGCCCGCGCCCUCCGCGCCCGCGCCGCACUCCGCGCUGCGCACCGACGCGCUGCUGCACACCACCGUGGCGCUGUUCACUGCGCACGACGCGCACGAGCUGGUGAGUGCUGUGCGCCGGCCGCCCGCCGAGCGCUUGCUGUGCGCCGGCCGCCCGCCGAGCGCUGUGCGCGCGGGCGCUGCUGGACCAGUCGUGGGCGACACGUGCGCGCCCGCGCCCUCCGCGCCCGCGCCGCACUCCGCGCUGCGCACCGACGCGCUGCUGCACACCACCGUGGCGCUGUUCACUGCGCACGACGCGCACGAGCUGUAUUCAAAACAUUUUAGUGGCGAGUCGAGUCCCGAGCACGGCGCGCCAUGGUCUGAGGCUUGCGCUGCCCGCGUGGCCGCGCUGCUUCAGACGCUAGAGCCGAACUACCGCAGCCGCCUGCACGACCUGCUGCGGAAGAUGCCCGACCUCAGCAACUACCGAUGCCCGACCUCAGCAACUACCGGUGAGUCGCGGCAGCAGGUCAGUCCCAGGAGCUAUCCAGGAGGCGUGCGCUGCCCGCUGGCCGCGCUGCUUCAGACGCUAGAGCCGAACUACCGCAGCCGCCUGCACGACCUGCUGCGGAAGAUGCCCGACCUCAGCAACUACCGAUGCCCGACCUCAGCAACUACCGGUGAGUCGCGGCAGCAGGUCAGUCCCAGGAGCUAUCCAGGAGGCGUGCGCUGCCCGCCGGCCGCGCUGCUUCAGACGCUAGAGCCGAACUACCGCAGCCGCCUGCACGACCUGCUGCGGAAGAUGCCCGACCUCAGCAACUACCGAUGCCCGACCUCAGCAACUACCGGUGAGUCGCGGCAGCAGGUCAGUCCCAGGAGCUAUCCAGGAGGCGUGCGCUGCCCGCCGGCCGCGCUGCUUCAGACUCUAAAGCCGAACUACCGCAGCCGCCUGCACGACCUGCUGCGGAAGAUGCCCGACCUCAGCAACUACCGAUGCCCGACCUCAGCAACUACCGGUGAGUCGCGGCAGCAGGUCAGUCCCAGGAGCUAUCCAGGAGGCGUGCGCUGCCCGCUGGCCGCGCUGCUUCAGACGCUAGAGCCGAACUACCGCAGCCGCCUGCACGACCUGCUGCGGAAGAUGCCCGACCUCAGCAACUACCGGUCAGUCUCAGGAGCUAUCCAGGAGGCGUGCGCUGCCCGCCGGCCGCGCUGCUUCAGACUAGAGCCGAACUACCGCAGCCGCCUGCACGACCUGCUGCGGAAGAUGCCCGACCUCAGCAACUACCGAUGCCCGACCUCAGCAACUACCGGUGAGUCGCGGCAGCAGGUCAGUCCCAGGAGCUAUCCAGGAGGCGUGCGCUGCCCGCUGGCCGCGCUGCUUCAGACGCUAGAGCCGAACUACCGCAGCCGCCUGCACGACCUGCUGCGGAAGAUGCCCGACCUCAGCAACUACCGGCCAACGACCACCCCGCCAGAGCCGAAAGAGGUUAUCAUCGAGAAUGGCUACGGCAAGCGCGGGAUACUGGCCAAAGUGCCGAAGCCGCGGCUACCGCGGUCCAGUUCAGCGGCCGCGCUGACAACUGACAGUGCGCCUGUCAACGGCAGCGUAGACAAGACUGACAGUUCGCUAGACCAUCCUGAGGUGCUGAUCAUACGCCUGGCUAACGUGGAGGAGCAUGAUUAUGUUGGGAUGGUCCCCGAGUCGAAAGUUCUGGAGUGCUACUACGGCGGGUCGGAGGCGGGCGACGCCGACGACGCCGCGUCGGCGCUGGCGGCGCCCGGGCCCGGCGCGCCCGUGCAGAAGCGGACACGAUUCUCGGUGUCCCACGACGAGGUAUCGCUGGGCAACACGUCGGACAACCUGGAGGCGGUGUCGGAGGCGGCGUCCAACCACAGCGUCACCUCCAGCCUCGAGCUUGAGACCGAGGACCAGAACGACAACCUGUCCGACAUGGUAUCGGCAAAUGUGAGCGGGCGAGGCAGUCCUAACAUCUCGGGCCGCGAGACUCCUUCGUCCCAAGUCACUGAUGGCGAUGCUCCGCCUAGGAGGUUGCCACAAAACGCGCCCGUGAAUCAGCCGAGCAGCGCUCAGGCGAAGAUGAUGAAGCAGACGCGCAACGACAUCGAUGAUAAGUUCUGCAAGUUCGAGAUCAAGAAGCUGCUGGAAGGCGACGAGACGAUCAGCAUAAUGUCGGACACGUGGAGCACCGACGUGUUAGCUUCCGACUCCGAGACCAUCGGCGACUCCUGCGACCACACGCAGCUGCAGCACAACCAGACGACCGCGGACAACACAAACGCGCCGGACGCGUCCGAGACGGCCAGCGAGUCGGCCUGGAGCAUGGACGUGCUGGCGUCCGACAGCGACCGCAACACCGAGGUGGACACAGACGACUGUGUGUCGGUGGCGGCGCGUUCUGACACGUCAUGGCCGCGCCGGCCUUCGCACAACGAUGACGCGAUCAAACAGCUGCAGCAGGUAUUUAACCAUUUGUUUCAUUUAAAACAGAACGGCAACGUAAAGAGGCCUACUGAUGUCGGAAGUCCACGACACACGUCGCGGCCAGGGCUUACAAAUAGGGGCGGUGGGUACCUGAGCGCGACCGCGGCGCUCUCUCGCGGCGGCGAGCUAGACUUGCCGGCGCACAACCACCCGCCGUCGCACUUCAUAGAGAACAGGAAGAGUAUCCUUGUCAAUGGCUACCCGGUGAUGACGUGCUACGCAACGUCAGCCCCCGAAAGUCCUAGCACGUCAACUCCGGCGCAGCUGCCUAAUGAUGUGUUCGAUUUCGUACCACAAAAUGGAAACAGCGUGCAAACGGAAUCCACUCUAGACGGCGGGAACAACAGCCAAUCAGAUGCGACCUCUCAAUGGGUGGACGAUAGCUUCCCACCUCAGCACUCACCGGAGCGUCCUUACCCUUCCACCUCCAAGUACGACCUACCGUCGACCUCCAAGCCCUACGAUGACCAGGACCUGAUGGACCGAUCGCUCAACUCUAGCGAGAGUUCCUUCAACGCCAUGUCGGUCAGCCAGUACGAUAGGCGUUAUGACUCUGGGAUCGACACCGAGCAACCGGAGGCCAGGUCAGCAAUAACCGAUCUGAUGACCCGCAUGAGUUCCGCCACCAUUUCGACCUCGGCCAAUCUUGUAAACAACUUGACGGCUCGGAUCGUCAAAUCGGAGAUCCGAACGAGUAUAGUGAGCAUCAGCUCGUCUAGAAUCGAGAAGAAAAGAGAUGCGACAAGUAAUAUGUCGCUGAGUACACUAUCAGUGAAUAGUGCGGAGACUUCUGUGUCAGAUAAGAGUUCGAGCCAGGACGUGAAUUCGGAGAAUGUAACGGAGAGGCGCGUCAGUCCGCCGCCGGCCAAGGCGCCGUCGACUGGUGCUAUACCUAAAAGCAUCAGCUUCGAUGCUACAGCUGAGAAGUCGCAAAGGCGACGUAUGGCCGGCGAAGAGAGCCUUGUGGGUAACCUGGAUGAGCUGAAGAACAACGUGAAACGCUCCGGAGGAAACUUGCUGCACAAGAUCAAGAUGUUCCGACAGAAAGGCCGCUCACAUCACCAGCAGAAUGAUAUCAAGGUAUCUGAAGAGGAGGUCCGCAGCGACGAUGGCUGCCGCUCCGAAAGUUCAGAGGACAUUUUGGCCAAGUACCGGCGCGCGCCCGAGCCCGCCAAGCGCCGGCCGAGCGGCGCGCGCCGCGUGUCCGACGUCGACGCCGCCGACCUCGACAACGACGACGGCUGCCGCUCCGAGAGCUCGGAAGACAUCCUGGCCAAGUACCGGCGCGCGCCCGAGGCCCGCCAAGCGCCGGCCGAGCGGCGCGCGCCGCGUGUCCGACGUCGACGCCGCCGACCUCGACAAGUGAGUACAAGGCCGAGGCCAAGUAUCAUCAAGGUAUCCGAGGAGGUCUGCAGCGACGACGGCUGCCGCUCCGAGAGCUCGGAAGACAUCCUGGCCAAGUACCGGCGCGCGCCCGAGCCCGCCAAGCGCCGGCCGAGCGGCGCGCGCCGCGUGUCCGACGUCGACGCCGCCGACCUCGACAAAUGCGAGGGCGUGGUGGACCUGAACGACCCGGAGGUGUUCAACAGCAUGAAGCGGCGCCUGCGCCUGGUGCUGUCCAACCCCGACCUGUACUGCGUGGAGUACGUGCCAAACCGUUGCACGAGCACGUCCCUCAUCGAGUGGGUCCGCGCUGCAGCCGCGGGCGCCAGCAGCGAGGCCGGCGCCGCCAUCGCCAGCGCCGUCGCCCGCGCGCUCACCGCGCCCGCCGCGCCGCGCCUCGCCGCCGCGCUGCGGGCCGACCUGGCGGCGCGCCGGCCCUACGCCGCCUACCUGGCCUCGUGCCGCGCCGCGCUGCAGCACGCCGCCCGCGCGCGCGCCACACAAAUCAACGCAGUCGUGCUGGAGUGCGGCUGGUGCGCGCGCGCGGCGGCGGCGGCCCGCGCGCUGGAGCAGCUGGAGCGCGGGCCCGGCGUGCGCCGCCUGGCGCGCCUGCACGCCGCCCGCCACGCGCACCACAACGGUGAGUGUACUACAAGUACUGCCCGCUGGAGCAGCUGGAGCGCGGGCCCGGCGUGCGCCGCCUGGCGCGCCUGCACGCCUCCCGCCACGCGCACCACAACGCUGGAGCGCGGGCCCGGCGUGCGCCGCCUGGCGCGCCUGCACGCCGCCCGCCACGCGCACCACAACGGUGAGUGUACUACAAGUACUGCCCGCUGGAGCAGCUGGAGCGCGGGCCCGGCGUGCGCCGCCUGGCGCGCCUGCACGCCGCCCGCCACGCGCACCACAACGCUGGAGCGCGGGCCCGGCGUGCGCCGCCUGGCGCGCCUGCACGCCGCCCGCCACGCGCACCACAACGGUGAGUGUACUACAAGUACUGCCCGCUGGAGCAGCUGGAGCGCGGGCCCGGCGUGCGCCGCCUGGCGCGCCUGCACGCCGCCCGCCACGCGCACCACAACGCUGGAGCGCGGGCCCGGCGUGCGCCGCCUGGCGCGCCUGCACGCCGCCCGCCACGCGCACCACAACGGUGAGUGUACUACAAGUACUGCCCGCUGGAGCAGCUGGAGCGCGGGCCCGGCGUGCGCCGCCUGGCGCGCCUGCACGCCGCCCGCCACGCGCACCACAACGCUGGAGCGCGGGCCCGGCGUGCGCCGCCUGGCGCGCCUGCACGCCGCCCGCCACGCGCACCACAACGGUGAGUGUACUACAAGUACUGCCCGCUGGAGCAGCUGGAGCGCGGGCCCGGCGUGCGCCGCCUGGCGCGCCUGCACGCCGCCCGCCACGCGCACCACAACGCUGGAGCGCGGGCCCGGCGUGCGCCGCCUGGCGCGCCUGCACGCCGCCCGCCACGCGCACCACAACGGUGAGUGUACUACAAGUACUGCCCGCUGGAGCAGCUGGAGCGCGGGCCCGGCGUGCGCCGCCUGGCGCGCCUGCACGCCGCCCGCCACGCGCACCACAACGCUGGAGCGCGGGCCCGGCGUGCGCCGCCUGGCGCGCCUGCACGCCGCCCGCCACGCGCACCACAACGGUGAGUGUACUACAAGUACUGCCCGCUGGAGCAGCUGGAGCGCGGGCCCGGCGUGCGCCGCCUGGCGCGCCUGCACGCCGCCCGCCACGCGCACCACAACGCUGGAGCGCGGGCCCGGCGUGCGCCGCCUGGCGCGCCUGCACGCCGCCCGCCACGCGCACCACAACGGUGAGUGUACUACAAGUACUGCCCGCUGGAGCAGCUGGAGCGCGGGCCCGGCGUGCGCCGCCUGGCGCGCCUGCACGCCGCCCGCCACGCGCACCACAACGGUGAGUGUACUACAAGUACUGCCCGCUGGAGCAGCUGGAGCGCGGGCCCGGCGUGCGCCGCCUGGCGCGCCUGCACGCCGCCCGCCACGCGCACCACAACGGUGA